ACUGAGUCAUCCGUGCACGCGAUAGUCCUGACGUCGCGGUCACGCAGCGGAACAUGGCGGCUCAGUAGACGCUGCUAUUGCGGAGCUGAGCGGCUCUCAGCGCUUUUCCACUGCAGGAAAUCAUCCUUUCAGAAGAAGAAAAUUGAUGUUGUUCCAGCUUUUGUGCAGUGUGGAACAUUGAAUACAGGAAUUACCAUGGGGAGGGUUUCAGCAACUAAAGAUUCAAAAGAAAAUCGUAAAGAAAAAGCUGGGAAGAGCCAUGUACCAAAUAAUCCUCUAAAGAGCAGUGAACAUUUUAAUUGGGAUGAUUACUUGAAAGAAAAUGGAGAAGUCCCUGCUCCUUCACAUUGUUUUAAACAGCCCAGAACUCCACCCACCAAUGAGUUCAAAAUUGACAUGAAACUUGAGGCUCAGGACCCAAGAAACGUUACCUCAAUUUGUAUAGCUACUGUGGUUGGAAUAACUGGAGCAAGGCUACGGUUACGGUUAGAUGGGAGUGACAACAAAAACGACUUUUGGCGAUUGGUUGAUUCAUCUGAUAUACAACCUAUUGGGACUUGUGAGAAGAACAGUGGAAUGCUGCAGCCUCCACUUGGAUUCAGAAUGAAUGCUUCAUCCUGGCCAAUGUUUCUGUUGAGAACUCUAAAUGGAGCAGAAAUGGCCCCAGCAUCCAUAUUUAAGAAGGAACCUCCAAGUCCACAGCAAAACCAUUUCAAAGUCGGGAUGAAACUGGAAGCAGUUGAUCGAAAAAACCCUCAUCUGAUUUGUCCAGCAACAAUCAGUGAAGUAAAGGCAGAUGACAUUUUCAUAACAUUUGACGGGUGGAGAGGUGCAUUUGACUACUGGUGCAGAUAUGAUUCUCGCGAUAUCUUUCCAGUGGGAUGGUGUGGCAUGACGGGAGAUGGCCUUCAACCACCUGGAAGUAGAGUCUCAAUUCCAAAGAGUAUUCCUGCUACUCCUUCAACCCCUUCCAGAUUGACUAAACGCACGAUGCAGUCACCACAGAAAUCUGAUGAGUUGUCAAAUCAGAAAAGUCGGAAAAGCAUAAGAGGCAAACGACCCGGGCAAUCUACUUCAAAAAAGAGUGUACCAUUGCAAAUCAAUUCGUCACUUAAAUCUGAUUCCACAUCUGAUCCAUCCAAACCAGUGAAAAGAGGAGCAAAGCCUGGAGUCAAGAGAAAGUCUCGAACAGCACAGAGCCCACAUCCUCCCUCACCAACCACAACAACCCCUGAACCUGAUAUUAGCAGUCCCCAGGCACCUCAAGAUGCUGCUAGUAUUCCAAACACAACCCCAUCAGUAAUGUCCACAGUUUGUGUGUACGUUAACAAGCAUGGAAACUGUGGACCGCAUCUGAAUAAAAAAAAUGUUCAGCAGCUUCCAGAUCAUUUUGGGCCUGGUCCUGUGCCUACAGUGCUUCAACAGGCUGUACAGGGCUGUGUUGAUUGUGCCUACCAGGCUAAAACAGUCUUCUCGUUUCUUAAGUCUGGACAUCAUGGUGGAGAGGCAAUAACAGCCACAUUUGAUGGAGAGAAACAUACUGUGAAGCUUCCAUCUGUAAAUAGUGUCUCAUUUGUGUUGAGAUUUCUGGAGAAACUCUGUUACAGUCUGCAGUGUGAGAACCUCUUUAGCAGCCAACCUUUCAGCCCGUAUAUAGGUAAUGCACACAGUCCAGCAGAAUAUGAGAGAGUUAAAUCAGCCAAAGAAGAGACGUUAGAGCCAGCCACACUGAACAGGGGAUUGAAACGAUUUCCAAAGGAAUCUCCACCGUACACUGCUCCCCUCUCUCCAAAACUUCCUAGAACAGAGUCUCAUCCUUCAGAAGCAGAAACAUUGCCUGCAGAAGAGAAUGUUACACCAAAGGAACACAAAUAUUCAGAGUCCUUGGAUUCUGCCCUGAAUUCUGUUAAACCACCUAGCCCCCCACAACGAAAUUCGAGUGAAUAUCGUAACUCAGGAAAUAAAUUUGUUUUCAGAAGUUCGGUUGUACCCUCAGGCUCUACCUCAAACUCUGCACCUACUUUGCGAAGACAGACUUCAAAUUCAGCAACAAACAAUGGUUAUUAUGAUGUCAACAGAACCCGUAUGCAAAGGAGAAUAGAAGUCAAUUGGUAUCACCAGCACUGUUUGCCACGCCCCGAAGCUGCAAGUUCUACUACUGGACCUGACCUUCAUUCGACAGAACGCGAAUCCCCAAGAACUAGUAGCAAAGAUCCUUCCACUUGGUCUAUUGAAGAAGUCAUGAAGUUUGUUAGGGAAGCAGAUCCCCAGGCUUUAGCACCACAUGCAGAUCUCUUCAGAAAACAUGAAAUUGAUGGGAAGGCAUUACUUUUACUGCGAAGUGACAUGAUAAUGAAAUACAUGGGGCUGAAGUUGGGCCCAGCUUUGAAGCUUUGUUAUCACAUUGAGAGAUUGAAGCAUGGAAAAUACUAACAGAAGAUAAUAUUUUCUCUUUCAUCAACUGAUGGAAAUUUUGAUCCUGAAAGCCACUGAAAUCCUCUUUGUUAUGUGAAAUAAUUUUAGGAUUUCUCUUGAAGAGGAGCGGUUGUAUUGCUAUUUAAUAUGACUUUUAAACCAAGAAAAAUGUACAGUUUCAUCCUGCAAUGUAGUAUUUGAAAUGGGUCUGUAUUUUAAUGUCAAAGGAUGUAUGUGUAAGUUUCAUUUUUUUUUGUACUUCAAAUAACAAGGGUGCAGAAAUGCUGAAUAUUAUGCAUUUAUGGUGUUUCUGUACAUGCUUUUGUUAACCUUUUGACACAGUUGAGUCUGCUGUUAAACACACGUACCUUUCAUUUUUAUCUUUCUGGUGUUAAAAUGCAGUAGUGUUACAGUGUUCCAUUCGCAGGUUUCUGUUAAUCCAUAACUGCUUUUAGUCUCCUGGUACCAAAAUAGCUAAAAUCCAAAGGAUAUCUGCAUCAGGAUUUUACUGUACUGAAAUGUUUAUGCAAAGCUUCUAGAUUACUAGAAGGAUUUUUUGAGUGAACAGGUAUUCUUGCCUCAGCAAACCCUGUGACUAUUCUUACCUGGCUCUUCCUAUGCUCCAGUGGAGCAAUCAAUCUUGUACGUAUGAUUUUUGUCAUAUGAUCAACCAGGCUAUACUGUCACCCUUGAAGGGAUCAGGCAGUGGUUUACACUGUUAUGCAGUAAUUGAAAACUAGACCAGCACAAUGUUUUGGAAGGUUAUCUUAAAGACCUUUUACUGUUUGUACAUUUAUACUACGUUCUUACCCUCAAUUUUAUUUUUUUGUAAUUUGUUGACUGAUAAUGUAUAGUCAACUAGCCAUGUUUUUUACACUGUGAGACCUAACAUACUGAUAGUAAACUGUGUUACUAUCUGUGCCUGUGAAAAAAAUUAAAUCAGGGACAAGAAUGUAAUAUCUACUAGCCAGUAACAGUCUGAAUGUAUUUCAUAAAUAAGUAUGUUAAUCGGAAGAAAUGACUAUUUUACAUAAGUAUGUAGUCUGGGAAAGUAGAGAUUUUAUUUUGUUGCUGGUUUCCUUUUUAUACAAGGUAACUCUCUCUCUUAGUAAGAAAACUAUUUUUUGCAUAGGUAAUGACAUACUUAUGGAAAAAAUGUUUUAUGCAUAAUGGUUAAUAAACAUUUGGUAGUUAUAUAAACUUAUGUAUGAUACUUCAAGUGUAGUCAUGUUAUAAUUUAAAUACCAUCGUCUCAUCAGUGUUUAUGAACAGUCCCAUUCUUGGUGUUAACUGCACAUUUCUCUAUUGCAACUCUAAUAUAAUGAGCAAUAGUCAAAGCACUGUACAUAAUACAGCAUCUCGGCAAGAAAUAAAUGAUCUUGGUCUGUU